AUGCUGCUGCAUAAACUGGGGCAUAUGCCGCCAGUGGCACUCCAGGGUGCUGCUGGAUACACUAUAGGCACUGGAGGCACAGGCGCUGCUGGUGCCGGGUACACGGUAGGUCCAGGUGGUGGUGGUAUCGGGUACGCCGUAAGCUCUGCUAGAGCAGGUGUCGGGUAUGCCAGUGGUACCCCCGCUGGUACCACUGUUUCCGGUUCUGCUGAGGAGAUUGGAAACGUCCUGAGGAAGAUUGGCCUGCCUUCUGAGGCUGACCAAAUGCCCCAGGAGUACCCUGACCUGGCCGACUUUGAACAAUCUGCUGCUGUGGUCAACAUAGGUGGUCGCGACUGGAGGUCUGGUGGGUGGUAUCGAAUGGGAGCAACCGGUACCGCUGGUGCAGGUGCUGCUGGAUACACUGUAGACACUGGGGGCACGAGCGCUGCUGGUCCCAGGUACACGGUAGGUCCAGGUGGUGGUGGUGUCGGGUACGCCGCAGGCUCUGCUGGAGCAGGUGUCGGGUAUGCUAGUGGUACACCUGGUGGUACCUUAAAUACGGUAGGGGUGGGUACAGCCGGUGCAACCGAGGUAAGUACCUCUAAAGGAGCCAUCGGGGUAUGA